ACAUUAUCUUCCUCUUUUCCUCAAUCUUCCAUAUUUCUCAACUAUAUAUUCAACUGACCUUCACUUUCCAAGACAAACUACGUCUAAUGGGCUCCAUGGACCGGUUUCUGGACUGCCGUACCUCAUAAACAAGCUUUCACUUUUCCUGCACUCUCAACCCUCACCAACCUAGGCAAAGUUCUUUUCGCUAUGGAACAAGAAUGUUUCAAGCCGAGUCUACAAUGUCCGAUGCCGGGUUGCAAGUCGGCUCCGUUCGCGUCGGCCCCGAACCUUGCAAGACAUCAGACUGCAAAGCACGGAGCACCGGUUACCAUGCUAUGUGGGAAAAAACUGCAGAACGUACCGUAUAACUACAAACGACAUCUGUUUGAUAGUUGUGGCAUUUGCAUGGACAUACUUCGAAUGCUUGGGGGCCGAGACCUCCGCGCCGACUUCAAGGCCACAAGCCUUGACACCCUUCACCACAUGCACCGGGAGAUGUUGCACCAAGACUACCUCCCUGGUGCUCAAAAACCACGUCCAACUUGGACCGGAGUCAGACUCAAAGACGAACACGAGGACUACAAGACAGUCAGCGACUCGACUACUUCGGCUAGCCAGGCUCCCGACGACAGUAGCAGCUCCGAGAUGUUCGCCAACCGGCCCUGCAUAUGCCCGGAACUCAACUCAUCGCCCAAGUCCGAAGACAUCAAGGGAUUCAAACACCAGUCCUUUGUGGAACUCAACCACUCAACUCUCGGGUAUGCCAUCGGAGGCAACGUGAGCACGGAUUGGCAGCAACACGUUGAAAUGCCAACUCAUUUCGACGAUGCAUUUGAGGUGUAUCCGCAAGGUCAGACAUAUUCCGGACAAAUGGAAGUGGACUACAACUGGGGAGUGAUGUCCUUGGGCUAGGUGCACCUUCCUGUGAGGCAAGCAAGGUCACCGGCUGACAGCGGUACAGGCCCCAAUAUAUGGACCAGCCAAUGGAAUAGGUGAUGUAGUGUGCAAUAGCGAUUGGGCGAUGAAAUCAUCGGCGGGUGUGCAUGCAUUCUAUAUGCAGCAUCGAUGGGCAGGUCCGAUCCUGGUGUGAAUAUAUGUAGCGAGUCCAUCAACACCGAUUUGGGUUUGAAAAUAGUGGCGAACUGAGCCUCCGAAUGAGGUGUAAUUAAGCUUGAUGUUGCCG